UCUCUGACUCACUUACUCAGCAACUGUGCAUGCUACAGCAGGGCAGAGAUACAGAUUGCAGAAUUUGAAUUUCAGACUGUGGAGCUACCUUAAAGAAGACAAACAUUUAGGGUUCGCUUUGUUUUUCUCAUUUGUUUGGCCUUCCACAGACCCUCCAUCUUUGAGGCACUCGUGAUGGCUUCUUGUAUGGUGUCUAUCCUCUUCCUGUUCCCUCUAAUCGCCGCCAUGUCAGCAGAAGAACCGCCAGGCUGCAAGAUCCGGAUCACUAACAGGGGGCUCGAAAUGUUGAAGUACGAGACGCAGAAGUUUGUGGUUGAGGAACUGAGCAACAUCACCAUGCCAGAGAUGAAGGGCAAAGAGGGCCACUUCCAGUACACCAUCAAUGAGGUGAAGAUAAAUGAGCUGAACCUGACCUACGCUGACCUGGCCUUCCAGCCUGGCCUAGGACUGCUCUUCAAGGUGCAGAACUCCUCCAUCGCUUUCAGCUUCCAACGACACAUCUUAUACUGGUUAUUCUAUGACACCGGAGCCAUCAAUGCCUCUGCAGAAGGUGUGAACAUCCACACUGUCCUGCACACGACCAGAGAUGAGUUGGGACGCCUCAAGAUCUCCAACAUCACCUGCGAUGCCUCUAUUGCCAAAAUGAAAAUUAAGUUCACUGGCACCUUGGGGAGGGUGUAUGACUUCCUGGCGACUUUUUUGACUACAGGAAUGCGCUUCCUUCUGAACCAGCAGAUCUGCCCUGUCAUGAACCACGCUGGUUUGGCUCUAAUCAACAUUUUGUUGGAGACAAUUCCAGUGCGAACAGAAGUAGACAACUAUGUGGGGAUCGACUACUCCCUCCUCAGUGACCCCGUGGUGACUUCAAGGAGUCUUGACAUGGAUUUCAGGGGCAUGUUCUUUGAGCUCGGGAACGAGAGCAACACCUUGGUGAACUCUGCCAUCAACCCAAUUGUGAGAGAGUACGACCGCAUGGUGUACCUGGCUCUGUCCGAGUACUUCUUUGACAGUGGGUUGUACUCCUAUUAUAAAGCUGGCAUAUUCCAAAUGAAUAUCGCCAACGAGCACAUGCCAAAGGAUCUGGAGAUGCUCCUUAGGACAACAUAUUUUGGCAUCAUUAUGAUGAUUAACCCAGCCCUGGUGGAAUACCCUAUCUCCCUGCAACUGGAGUUGAACUCUGCCCCCAAGACAACCAUCAAGACCUCCGGGGUCACCGUGGCCAUCACUGCCAUCGUCACGGUGAUGGUGCUACCGCCCGGCAAGGCGCCUGUUCAGCUCAGCAGCAUGACCAUGGAGGCCAAAUUCAAUGCCAAGGUGUCCAUGAAGGGCAAGAGACUGGCUGUUCACGCAGACUUGAGGAGGUUUAAAAUCUACUCCAACCAGUCUGCUUUGGAAUCACUGGCGCUUAUUCCCUUACAAGUCCCCCUCAAGACUAUGCUGCAGAUCUCAAUAGUACCCAUAAUCAAUAACUGGACCAAGAGAGGAGUCGCUAUCCCUCUUGCAGAUGGUAUGGACUUCAUAGAGGAAGUGGUGGAGUAUCGUAACGGUUACCUCAUCAUUGGGGCAAACCUACAUUUCAGCAAGGGCCUAAGGGAGAUGAUCGAGAGGAAAAUCCAGGCUGAUGCCGAGAACGCCAUCUAAAGAGAAUUAUCCACCAGCAAUAACCAAGGAUAGAUAUCUUAGAUAAACACCCAUCCAAUCCUGUGUUUCUAUGUCCUCAAGGGCACAUGCCUUAUCUACAACAUGGAGCAGACUCUACUGUAACAAUUUCACCAAACCAUGUGGAUUCAAAAUCUUUUAAGAAUCCAAAAUAAUAAGCUAGGCUGCAAUCUGUCCAAUACAUAUGAGAGCAAAAUGGACAAUACAAAUCAUGCUUAUGUAGAAAGAUCACAAUAAUAAUACCACAACUUUAGUAUUUUUUUCCUAUUUAUUGCUAUUUUGAAAAGUGCUCUAAAGAUACUUUUAUAGUUGCCUAAUUUUUUAAUAGUCUAUAGAGAUAAAUCAUCAAUAUUCUUGCCUCAGAAGGGCACAUACUGUAUGUGAGUGUACUACUCAAAACAAUAUCUGACCUUGUGUCGUAAGAAUUGCCCAUGGUCAUGUCAAUGCCCAUGCUAAUGUCAGGAAUUAAUUGUGUGCUCUCCACCAUCCUUUUAAAAAUGAAAAUGCUUAACUGUAUAAUAUAUGCUAAACUUAAAACUAAUUUAAAAAGUGUUUCUAAAAAAAAAGCCUUCUUUACUUUACCAUUAGUCAAAUGGAGAGCUAGCUGGUGAAAAAUAAAAUGUACAAUAUGUGAAAUGAAAUGUUUAAGGAAUGUUAACAAAAAAAAUGUAGUUUUGUAAAUAUGGCUUCAUACCUGCAAAGACUAUUCAAAGAUUGAAAGGCUUUCCUUACAUGUGUAACUAGGGCCUAACCGAACAACAUUCAGUAUGACAAUGUGUUUAAUAAAUCAAUCCCAAAAUUCAUAAACAGACAAAAACAACAUUUUCUUGUAAUC